GUGCGCCUCAACGGAUCUACCAGCGGUCGUGUGGAGGUAUGCCUGAACGGCACUUGGGGCAGCAUUUGCGACGAUGAAUGGGACGACCUGGAUGCGGACGUCGCCUGCCGGCAGAUGGGCUUCGCAGGAGGCAGCGCCGUCGACGGAGUUCAGACCACCGCUGGACCUGCCGGCAUGCGCGUGUGGCUCUCCCAGGUCAAUUGCACGGGAACCGAGUCGGGCCUUUCAGCCUGCACGCAGGGGGCGCCACCAGGCUCAAGCCGUUGCACACACGCCAGGGACGCCGGUGCAACAUGCUGGAGUGCCGGCACACCGGAAGUCCCCGCCGCCAUCCCGUACACGGCCCCUUCAUCCGGAGGCCGUGUGGAGUUCUGCUACAACGGCCUGUGGGGCACCAUUUGCCAGGAUGCCUGGGCGCCCCCUGAGGCACGAGUAGUUUGCCGCUCCCUAGGCUACGCGUACGGCGGUACAGCGGGUACGGCCGCCUUCGGCAUCGCGCGCGCAGACCAGCCGAUUUGGUUGUCCAACCUCGCUUGCGACGGCACGGAAUCGUCUCUAAGCCAAUGC